AUGUCCGAACGCACCGUUAUCGCCCUCAACGAGGGCUGGGUUUUCAAGCAGGCAGACGAUGAACAGGCCCAGUUUUUAUCCGUUUCCCAGUUCCCAACAAACGUCCAUCUGGACCUGGUGCACCAUGGGCUUAUCCCCGACCCCUUCAUUGGCAAGAAUGAGCUUGCUGUACAGUGGGUUGGAGAGAAGCCCUGGUUAUACAAAGCUUCCUUCGAUAAUCCGCCGCUUAGAGACGGGGAGAAGGCAGUUUUGGCCUUCGACGGUCUUGAUACGCAUGCCACUGUACUUCUAAAUGAUACGAAGAUCCUCGAAACGGAAAAUAUGUUCAUACCUGAGCGGGUAGAUGUUACUGAGCUGCUUCGAGAAUCGAAGGGUUCAAAUGUGUUAAGCAUCACGUUUGCGAGCACAUUUCUACUCGGAAAGAAGAUCAAAGAGCUGUACCCAGAGCAUCGCUGGGGUUGCUGGAAUGGAGACUGUAGCCGUCUUGCAGUGAGAAAGGCGCAGUAUCACUAUGGCUGGGACUGGGGCCCGACUCUCAUGACUUGCGGACCAUGGCGUCCUGUCAAUCUGGAAAUUUACAAGGCCAGAAUUUCAGACCUCCAUUUCCGGCAGAAUGUGAACAAAUCCCUGAAACACGCGAAAUUGGUUGUCACUGCAGAGGUAGAAGGCGACGCAGAUAAUGUGGCAUUCCACAUUUCCUUGGGUGACGAAGAGAAAGGUUCAGAGACAGUCGAUAUCAAGGAUGGUAUCGCGUCAGUGACCUUCCACGUUCAAGAUCCUCAACUGUGGUACCCGUCAAAAUAUGGUAAACAGCCUCUCUACACGCUGUCUGCAACGCUAUCAUCCAAUAGAGUCAAGCUGGAUUCUACUAGCAAACGUGUUGGUUUAAGGAGAGCCGAGCUUAUCCAAAGAAAGAUGGAUGGUGCGGAAGGCACUUCCUUUUUCUUCGAAGUGAAUAAUAUUCCAGUUUUCUGUGGCGGGAGCAACUGGAUUCCCGCGGACAACUUCAUACCCCGAAUUCCACCCCAGAAGUACUAUGACUGGGUCAAACUGAUGGUUGCCGGUAACCAAAUGAUGGUCAGAGUCUGGGGAGGCGGUUUAUUCGAGGAACAAGCAUUUUACGACGCCUGCGACGAGCUGGGUGUAUUGGUUUGGCAGGAUUUUCUUUUCGCCUGUGGAAAUUAUCCAGUGUUCCCAAGCUUUCUUGAGAAUGUGAAGCGCGAGGCGAUUGCAAAUGUCAAGGUCCUUAGACAUCAUCCUUCAAUAGUGCUAUGGGCCGGAAACAAUGAAGACUACCAGUUCGCAGAGAGCGAGAACUUGAAUUGGGACCCCAGCAACAAUGAUCCUGACAGCUGGCUAAAGUCUGAGUUCCCAGCACGAUAUAUUUACGAAAAGGUCUUGGUUGACGUGACGAAGGAUUUGAUACCAGAUACGUACUAUCAUUUCGGCUCGCCCUGGGGUGGGAAAACUUCAGCCGAUCCCACCAUCGGCGAUAUCCACCAGUGGAAUGUUUGGCACGGCACGCAAGAGAAGUAUCAAGACUUUGAUAAACUCGGCGGCCGAUUCGUGUCUGAAUUUGGCUUGCAAGGCUUCCCCGACAUAAGGACAAUUGAUGGAUACCUAACAGGCGGUAAAGUGGACCCGGAGAGACACGCGCAAUCAUCCACCGUCGAUUUCCACAACAAAGCCGCAGGCCACGAGCGCCGCAUUGCCAUCUACCUGGCCGAAAACAUCAGAUACAACCUCGAGCCCCUGGAACAGUACAUCUACGCUACGCAGCUCAUCCAAGCAGAAUGCCUUUCCAGUGCCUACCGGCUCUGGAAACGUCAGUGGAAAGGGCCAGGCCGUGAAUAUUGCGCUGGCGUUUUGCAUGCGUUCUACGCAGUAAAGCGCGAACUGGCCCCCAUCACAAUCGGCCUAAAACGGACCUCCCACACUGAAUACGCGGACAAGUACACGAACGCCUACUACAAGACAACGCACAAAGUCGAGAUAUGGGCAUCAAACCUCACGGUUAACCCGAGAAAUGUGAGUGUGAUACUUAAGGCUUGGGACGUCAUCAAGGGCCGCGAGAUUUACUCCAAAACACUUCACGACCGUUUCGUUCUAGAAGAGAAUAGGAGUAUGGAGAUCGCUGAGUUGGAAGUACCUACCACGGAUGAAGAGGGUAAAAAAACCAAGGACGGAGAAGAGGCUAACCGUACGGUUGUCGCGGCAUAUCUCCUUGAAAACGGCGAGCAAGUGGCGCGCUAUGUCAAUUGGCCUGAACCGCUGAGAUAUGUCCACCUGCAGGCUCCCAAGGAAUUGCGAGUGGCGCUUUCAGUGGAUGGGAAACACGUGGAGUUGUCAGCGGAGGUGCCGGUGAAGGGUGUGGCGGUAUAUGCGGAUGGAGAUGAGGUGGUGUUUGAUGACAACUGUGUAGAUCUGGUCCCUGGGGAGACUGUUUAUAUUGGAGUGAAGGGACUGGAUAAGGGUCAUGGGGAUAGGAUUUCUGUGAAGUAUCUAGGAUCGUCGUGA